ACCGCUGCUUUGUCUGCUUAUUGUGCAUCUGCUGGAAUUCCUUCCAUUGUUUUCCUGCCUGCUAAUAGAAUCUCUAUUGCUCAACUGGUUCAGCCGAUUGCGAAUGGAGCGUUUGUUCUUAGCAUUGAUACUGAUUUUGAUGGGUGUAUGCAGUUGAUUCGUGAAGUAACUGCUGAAUUGCCUAUUUAUUUGGCUAAUUCUCUGAACAGUUUGAGGCUUGAAGGACAGAAAACUGCUGCUAUUGAGAUUUUGCAGCAGUUUGAUUGGCAGGUACCUGAUUGGGUUAUUGUACCUGGUGGGAAUCUUGGGAAUAUUUAUGCUUUUUAUAAAGGGUUUCAGAUGUGUAAAGAGUUAGGUCUUGUGGAUAGAAUUCCAAGGCUUGUUUGUGCUCAAGCUGCAAAUGCAAAUCCUUUGUAUUUGUAUUUUAAGUCGGGUUGGAAAGAGUUUAAGCCAGUUAGGGCACAGACAACUUUUGCAUCUGCUAUUCAGAUUGGGGAUCCUGUUUCUAUUGAUAGAGCUGUUCAUGCUUUGAAGAACUGUAAUGGUAUCGUUGAGGAGGCUACUGAGGAAGAAUUGAUGGAUGCUAUGGCUCAGGCUGAUUCGACUGGAAUGUUUACUUGCCCUCACACUGGUGUUGCUUUGACUGCUUUGUUUAAGCUCAGGAAUAGUGGUGUUAUUAAGCCUACUGAUAGGACUGUUGUUGUGAGCACUGCACAUGGGUUGAAGUUUACUCAGUCCAAAAUUGAUUACCAUUCAAAGAAUAUCAAAGACCUGGCUUGCCAAUUUGCCAAUCCUCCAAUGCAGGUCAAGGCUGAUUUUGGAUCUGUUAUGGAUGUUUUGUCCAAGUAUUUGCAGAGCAAGGCACCCAAGUAUCAUUAGGUUGACACUGCUG